GGCGUAAACAACAAUACGGAAGUGGGAAAAUAAAUCCCGAGGUGCAAAAAUGGAGCAGUCACGCUAAAUAUAUUGGACGUGAUUUCUUACCGUCGUGCACAAGUCAGGAUUAUUAUGCAAUAGUUUCAACUUCACAAGCGACACGAUGGAGGGCUCCAAGUCGUCGAGCACAACCAUGCAGGUCAGCUUCGUGUGUCAGCGGUGCUGUCAGCCGCUCAAACUGGACACGUCCUUCAAUGUGCUCGACCGGGUCACAAUCCACGAACUCAUCGCUCCGUUAGUCACAGUGACCCCCAGUAAACAGGCUGACAGCUCUGAGGGGGAGACAGCACCAGAGGAGACAUUUGUAGAAAACAAGCAAGACGGAGUGUCAAGAAAGUACAUCCCCCCUGCACGGAUGAUGUCCACAGAGAGCGCCAACAGCUUCACGCUGAUUGGAGAAGCAUCAGAUGGGGGCACAAUGGAAAAUCUAAGUCGUAGGCUUAAGGUGACCAGCGACCUGUUUGACAUCAUGUCAGGCCAGACGGAUGUGGACCACCCACUGUGUGAAGAAUGUACUGACACCCUGCUGGACCACCUGGACACCCAGCUGAAUAUCACAGAGAACGAGUGCCAGAAUUACAAGCAGUGUCUGGAGCUGCUGUCACACCUGCAGGUGGAGGAAGAGGAGACCCUGUUGGCAGAGCUGCAGCAGCUGAAGGAGGAGGAGGAGGCUCUGGUCCAGGAGCUGGAGGCUGUGGAGGAACAGAGGGCUGCUGUGGCCCAGGACCUGACCCAGAGCAGGGUCCAUUCUCAGCAGCUGGACACAGAGGAGCUACAGUACCAAAAAGAGUACAGCGAGUUUAAGCGGCAACAGCUGGAGCUUGACGAUGAGCUGAAGAGUGUCGACAACCAGAUGCGUUACUGCCAGAUUCAGCUGGAUCGCCUGAAGAAGACCAACGUGUUCAACGCCACAUUUCACAUUUGGCACAGCGGCCAGUUCGGUACCAUCAACAACUUCCGACUCGGCCGACUCCCGAGCGUCCCGGUGGAGUGGAAUGAGAUCAACGCAGCCUGGGGGCAGACGGUGCUGCUGCUGCACGCUCUGGCCAACAAGAUGGGGCUGCGCUUCCAGAGAUAUCGUCUUGUCCCGUAUGGAAACCACUCGUACUUAGAGUCCCUGACAGACAAGUCUAAGGAGCUUCCUCUCUACUGCUCAGGAGGCCUGAGGUUCUUCUGGGACAAUAAAUUCGACCACGCCAUGGUGGCCUUCCUGGACUGUGUCCAGCAGUUCAAAGAGGAGGUGGAAAAAGGAGACACUGGCUUCUGCCUUCCAUAUAGGAUGGACGUGGAGAAGGGUAAGAUCGAGGACACAGGCGGCAGCGGCGGCUCCUACUCCAUCAAAACCCAGUUCAACUCUGAGGAGCAGUGGACCAAGGCGCUCAAGUUCAUGCUCACCAACCUGAAGUGGGGACUCGCCUGGGUCACCUCACAGUUCUACAACAGAUAAACCCCUCCAGACGAUUGUUGUAUUGAGUUCCGCAAAGUCAUUCGCCCCUCCGAUAAAUGGAUUUUCGGACUCUCGGCCAAAGGAAAAAUAAAUGGUUCUGUCGGCACCAUUUUCAAAGUGUUUUUUAGGAUUUCCAGUACAAAAAAAAAAAAAGAAGCAUGGAGCAAGUCUAGAUCUUCAGUGCAGAUGGUGUGUUUUUACAUGUUGCAUCAUAGAGGGGGCAAUUUGUUUCUAUUUUGCUGCAAAGUGGAAAUUACCAGUUGUGGGCCCAGAAGCACUGAAGACAGGCGCAGGUUGGCAUCAGAGCCAUCAGGAUAAGAUAACCAUGCGCGUCUUUUAGCACCUUUUUAUCAUCUGCUUCGCUAAUUAACAUGUGGUUUCUUUUCUGAAGAGCUGAUAUCGCAUUAAGACAAUUUCACGUGUCCUCAGACUAGAAUGUAACUUGAAAGAAAUCUUUCGCCAAAUUCACCUCUAACCACUUUAUGGAGUUCAAGGUGUCCUCGCUGUCCUGCUGCGCUGCACCUUUUGAAAUCACUGUGAGAGAAAGUUUUUUUUCUGUCCCAGUUAAAGAAGCUGUAAGAGUAUGAUGUCAUAGUCCAGUUCAAGGUAGGGUUUUUAAUAGUCUCACAAUUUAGUAUAAAACAGGAGUGUGUCAGUAUUUCUGCAGUCAUCACAUUUGCCACUUACUUUACAGGUAAACCGUUGUAUUUAGAUGCACUGACAGCUUCUUUAAGUUCACACUCUGCACCAUUGUAUGAAUUCUGUUUUAAAUAAUGAUACUUUUAAUAAACAUUUCAUGCUGUGAAAAAACUA